AUGACUUCAUCUUCUAAAGAACUCGCGUCUUUGAUCGUUGAUUACCUCUCCCGUGCGGCGGAAACUAAACAAGUUAGUGAGGAGUAUCUAGAUUCCGUUAAUGUGGCCGUUGAUUGCAUUACUGAGGCAUUUGAACUCGAACAUGAUGCUGUUGCCAGCACACUAAAAGAAGCGUUCAAUAACCAAGGACUGGAACAGAUUGUUGCCGCUGCCAAGAACAGCAGAUCCAACACGGAAAGUGCUACGACUGAAUCUUCCGAAAACGUAAAAGUGAAUAUCCCAAUUGAGGACGCCGAGACCAAGGCCAAAGCUGAGGCUUUGAAGCUAGAAGGUAACAAGGCUAUGGCUGGCAAGGACUUUGAGCUAGCGAUCCAAAAAUACACUGAGGCUAUUCAGAUUUUGCCCUCGAAUGCCGUGUACUACGCCAACAGAGCCGCGGCUCAUUCGUCAUUGAAGGAUUACUCUAAAGCUGUGCAGGACGCCGAACUGUCCAUCAAGGUGAACCCUUCGUACUCGAAGGGCUACUCCAGACUUGGAUUCGCCCAGUAUGCUUUGGGCAAAUCCGAGGAGGCCUUGGACGCGUACAAGAAAGUUCUCGACAUUGAAGGAGAGAAAGCUACGGAUGCGAUGAAAAGAGACUACGACACUGCAAUGAAAAAGGUGGAACAAUCCCUCAACAUAGAGAAAGCUUCGCCUGCCGCCGCUGAGAAUGACAGUGCCACUCCACAAGCCGGUGGCAGUGGUGGACUACCAGAUUUCUCUUCCAUGUUGGGAGGUGGGCUCGGUGGUCUGUUGAACAACCCUCAAGUCAUGCAAGCUGCUCAGCAAUUCAUGCAGAACCCUAACGCUAUGAGUGAAAUGAUGAACAACCCUGCUUUGAAGCAGAUGGCCGACAAAUUCCAAUCUGGCCAGGGCACUCCAAGUAUGGCUGACUUGAUGAAAGACCCGGCAUUGAUGGAUAUGGCCAAAAACAUGCUCGGUGGAGCUAAGAGGUAA